UUUGAAAACAGACUAACUCUGAAGCAAAAGGAAACGCGGUGGUCAAGACUCCAGCAGUGAAUUCCCUCCAGCAGUGAAUUCCCUCUGACCUGUUUCACUUGUAGAGCUAGUUAAAAUAUAUAUUUUCAGAAUGUUUUCACUCGGGGAGACGAUGGAGUUUCUCCUCGGAAACCCCUUUUCUACGCCCGUCGGACAGAGAAUCGAGCGAGCCACCAGCAGCUCUCUACAGUCGGAGGACUGGGCGCUCAACUUGGAGAUCUGUGACAUCAUCAACGAGACGGAUGAAGGGCCCAAAGAUGCAGUUAAAGCCAUUAAGAAGAGAAUAAUAGGAAACAAGAACUUCAGGGAAAUCAUGCUGACUCUCACUGUUCUUGAGACGUGUGUGAAGAACUGUGGCCAUCGUUUCCAUAUUUUGGUGACCACCCAGGAGUUCAUCGAGGGGGUUCUGGUCCGUUCCAUUCUGCCCAAAUACAAUCCGCCCACGGUGCUCCAUGACCGCAUCCUCAGCCUCAUUCAGUCGUGGGCGGAUGCAUUUCGCAGCACUCCCUCCUUAUCGGGGGUGGUAUAUGUAUAUGACGACCUGAGGAGGCGAGGUCUGGAGUUUCCCAUGACGAACCUGGACACCCUGUCCCCCAUCCACACUCCGAACAGGAGUAUCCCAGAAAACGGGACCCCUGAAGUGACCCCUGCUGCUGCUGCUCCCACACUUCAGUCUCAACCACAAGCUCCUGCCAGUGCUCCCAGUCAAAAUGACUCUGCUCCGGUCCAGACCAGUGACGGACCGGGUCGUCUGUCUCCAGAACAGGAACAGAAGCUGCGCAGGGAGCUGCAGCUGGUGAGGGGGAACGUCACCGUAAUGUCUCAAAUGCUGAACGAGCUCGUACCUGGACAGAGCAAACCGGAUGAUGCCGACCUGCUUCAGCAGCUGUUUUCUGUGUGUAAGAACAUGCAGACCCGUGUGGUCGAGCUCAUCCCACAGUUGCUGGAUGAAGGUUUUGUGGAAGAGCUGCUCAUCGUAAACGACGACCUCAACAACAUCUUCAUCCGCUACGAGAGGUUUGACCGGCUGAACAAGGCUCAAAGUACAAACACCCAACAGAGCUCAAUUAUGAGCCCUGAACCUCCAACCAAUGACCAACCUGCUGUUAUUCCAACAACCAGCCAAUCAACAGUCAGCAUCGGCACCAAUCACCAGCCGUCAGCCAAUCACAAAGAAGAGGAGUUUGACAUGUUCGCUCACACCAGAGGCAGCUCCUUGGCAGAGCAGAGAAAAGGUGUCAGGUAUGAGCAUCCUGGAGCUGUGGAAGGCCUCGCUGGAGCUCUGGACUCCAGGCUGCAGGUCACAGGAGGGAUGCCUCCGAACAACGCUCUGCAGAGUGAAUCAGACAAAUGUUUAACGAGCGAUGUGCAGGAAGAGCCGUCUUUGGUUUGUGAAGGCGUCACCAGUGAAGAGUUCGACAAGUUCCUGGAGGAACGGGCGAAGGCGGUGGACCACGGCGGUAACCAGACGAACCGCAGCGUGCCGCCCAGACCUCCGCCGCAGCCCACCCAGCAGCAGGACUCGUCACAUGACCAACUCUUUGCUCUUUGAGCGUGAAAAAUAAACCAAAGGAAAACCCGCGUUUCAAAAUGAGUGUUCA